CUUUAUAGAUUAAGUGAACCUGAUUCUCGCACUCUUGUGUGGAUUUAUGAACAGACUGGCUAUGAAAUACUGGAGUUACCUUUCCUUGCCUUGCUUUCUUUGGUCAAUUGUUUGUGGACAAAACACAUCUCCCAUUCUUCAUUGUCUCCGUUGUUCUGGAGUUACACAAUCAAACAUUGACCGAUGUAUCAACCUUGUGGAAUGCGCACAUGAGUGCUACGUGAAUACUACAACUCUUUCAACAGGAUCUAAAGUGAAGAACUUUGGCUGUGCUAAGAAACCAGAUUGUUCGUCUGGGCAGGGUGUUCUAGGAAAAAGAGACGUGACGUCUUAUAACAUAGAAUUUUGCCCUAAAGAGAUUUGCAACAUAGAUGUGGAUCAUUUUCAAGUGCCGUCGUCCACGCCCUGUGGCGAUGUCUCCGCCCCUGAUUGUCGUGAUCCUGCCGCCCUAGCGGCAAUAUGCAGUGAUUGUGAGACGGCCCAGUACUGUAGAAAGUCGUGUGGCCUCUGUAGAGAUCGAUCCAGUACCUGGUAUGAGAACGUUGUUCUGUUUGACUACGACCCAGUACACAGGACAUGCCGUCACACCGCUGGAGUUAGUCCCUCUAUAUGUCAAAGUAUUAAGGAGCAAUACUACCAUAUACUCCCUGUAGUUAAAAACAAUUACACGGUAAAUCACGCUCACGCGAGACAUGACUACCUCAUUCUGGCUGAUACAACCAGUUACGUCAGAAUCACUUUCCGUACAAAUGGAGAACCUCUCACCAACUUACAACUGAGCGCAUGUAAAACCUUUAAUGGUCUUGGCAGAGUUGAUAUUUUACUUAACAAUCAUACCAUUGAAGAAUCAUAUGAUGGCACCGCUGUUUGGGAUUUGAACUGGCAGAUUCAUAAACUCAACACAAACCAAUUUCACAACGAUCGCAGUUUUGAUCUGCUCAUACGAAAGGAUGCGAGGGUUCCUAGUAGUGGUCAUUAUUGGUUAAGUCGUAUUCGACUGGAAAGUCUGGUGUCUCAUCAUGAUCACCAUGGCAAAUGAUAUUUUGAUUUCUCUGUGUACAUUAAAUAAAACAUCCUUUUGAAGUGAGAUGAUGCGUAAUUUUGCGUAUAUCUUGAU